GUUCUAUGCGGACCGAGAAAACAUGGACAUUUGUUGUGGAUAUCUAACUUCUGAAAUAAGCAUGUAUUGACCAACAGGCACGUUCCGAACGCGAAACGUUUUCUAGAAUAUAGACAUUGGUCAACAAGAGAGGUCACAUUAUUCCUGCUCACAUUUUUGCUGCUCUCGAAAACUAGACAGUGGUUUAUUCCUUCAGUGUGAGUCUGAUAGUGUUUCAGUCAUCUUGCAUAGCAUCUCUUCACAGAAUUCUCCACAAAAAAUGUUGUACAACGUCUCAAGCGAAUUGUACCGCAGCUUUCUGUCGCAGAAGGGAGCUGCUAAAAAAGCUGCUGAGAAGAAAGCAGCUGGCGCCGCGGGAGGAAAAACGGUAUAACCUUAAGACAAAACUACACUUAUCUACUUCUUCCGGAUAUGGUUGUUGUGGCAGUGGACGAAGUACUAGAACUACACAAUAGACAUAGGUUUUUAAGAAGAUAAAGACCAGCACUGCUUUCCAGUUUGUGUAGGGAAGAUGAAAUUGUUGCUGACUAAGUCGUGUAAACGCUGAUGCGGUCGAACUUAUCCAUGUUCACAGGAAUCCUCGCGCCCCAUGAGCCACCCGGCUUCGGUGGGAUGCUAGGACGUGGCUGGGGACGAGCCACUUGCAAAGCCAGUAGGCGGGAGCAAAAAAAAAUUUGAAUCUGAAAAAUGAGGAGGUGCAGGAACCAGCGAGAAGGAAUUAUCUCGCUUGAGUGCAAGUGUAGACGAAAACACGAAAUGACGAAAACACGAAAUGACUGAUUUCACAUGAUGGAUGAUCUUCACGCGAGAAAAUUGGAAAAAAGAAGAGAUGUCCCUUGCUGCACAUGAUUAACAAUCAGCGAUCGUCAAAGCUAUGCGUACCGUGCACAUAGACAUAUAAUAUAUGCACAGGAAAAAUUGAAAGGCAGCGACUCCAACUGCUGCAUCGGUCACUAUAAAAUACCUGGUGCAGAAGUAGUGGGUCUUUGUCAAGACUCGAAGUACUUAUACUAGAGCAGGUGAGCAUAAUUUAUAAGUACAAAUUG